UCUACUUGGACAGUUGUUAAGGACGGCUAUGCCUGAGCCCUCAAAGUCGGCUCCGGCCCCGAAGAAGGGCUCCAAGAAAGCCAUUACUAAGGCACAGAAGAAGGAUGGCAAGAAGCGCAAGCGCAGCCGCAAGGAAAGUUACUCCAUCUAUGUAUACAAGGUGCUCAAGCAGGUGCACCCCGACACCGGCAUCUCGUCCAAGGCCAUGGGCAUCAUGAACUCGUUCGUGAACGACAUCUUCGAGCGCAUCGCGGGCGAGGCCUCGCGCCUGGCGCACUACAACAAGCGCUCGACCAUCACGUCCCGGGAGAUCCAGACGGCGGUGCGCCUGCUGCUGCCCGGGGAGCUGGCCAAGCACGCCGUGUCGGAGGGCACCAAGGCGGUCACCAAAUAUACUAGUUCCAAGUGAGUCCCUGUGCAGGCCCUUGUCAUCAAACGGCUCUUUUCAGAGCCACCCACUUUGUUGAAAGAAAGUUCUGCCACUUUCUAGCAGAAGUGAGGAAAACUUAGAAGUUGGUGUUUGUUACCAAUUUACAGCUGAGGUUUCCCUCGGUCUGUCACUCCCAAUAAAGCACAUCGUUAUUGUAA